AUGACUCAAGCUGAUGGUAUAAGUCUCAGGACGAGGAGGGGAGGCAUAUCAUUUGACAGGACAGACAAGGCAGCCAUCUAUGUUCGCAUGCUAGGUGAUGUUCGUGUCAAGUCAAAGCAGCUGACAUUGUAUGCGGAUGGUCGUCGUGGCUCCUUUCCAGAUAAUGAUUUCAAAAUAAUUGAUGCCAUUGACAUUAGCAUACGGAGGACCAGUCUGAAGCACUCUAGAGAGCUGAGCGUAUCCAAGGUAUGCCGGCAACCAGCUACCGCCGCUAAACCACCGCAUCAUAUACCACCCAAGUCCCCACCUCACCUGGACAGCUGGUACUGCGGACAGACAAAUCAACUCCUGAACAGACUAUCGUGUUGGGACUUCAAUAUCUUUCAUUUAGAGCAAGUCACUGGAGGUCAUUCUAUGAGGCAUGUGGGCAUGCAGCUGUUUCACAAAUAUGGUCUGAUUAGUCACUUUAACUUGGACCCGACAAAUCUCUACAAAUGUUUUGUUGCCAUAGAAACAGGUUACCAUAAAGGGAAUCCUUACCACAAUGCAUUACAUGCUGCAGAUGUCACUCAGGCUAUGUACUGCUACCUUCAAGAGAAUAAGCUUCGAGAGGUUCUCACCCCAAUGGAGGUUAUGUCGGCCAUAUUGGCCUCUGCGACCCAUGACCUUGAUCACCCAGGGGUCAACCAGGUUUUCCUCAUAGCUACAAGUAACCACUUAGCAGAGUUAUACAGGAAUUCAUCAGUGCUUGAAAACCACCAUUGGCGUGCUGCAAUAUCUGUGCUCAGAGAAUCCAAACUCUUUGACCACCUCGGAAAACAAACAUGGGACUUAAUUGUGCAACAGAUCAGCUCCCUCAUUCUGGCCACGGACAUUGCCAGACAACAGGAGUUUCUGCAGAAACUAAAGAAUCAUCUCAAUGCAAAGGACUUUGACAUGAAUGACGCAUCGCACAAGAAUUUUCUCCUUCAAAUUGCGCUGAAAUGUGCUGACAUCUGUAAUCCAUGUAGACAAUGGGAGAUCAGCAGACGAUGGAGUGAGAUGGUGACGGAGGAAUUCUUCAACCAGGGUGAUCGAGAGCGUGGACUGCAGCUACCUCUGACUCAAAACUGUGAUCGAUUCAAGAACAAGAUCCAGCAAAUCCAAUCAGGGUUUAUGACGUUCGUUGUGGAGCCACUCUUCGCAGAAUGGUGUCGCUUCAUGCCGACACGCCUCUCCGCCGAAAUGUUGUGCAAUGUGAGCAAGAACAAGGCAUUGUGGGAAGCCUUCAGCGAGCAGGAGAAAGCGGCAGAAAACGACCGGAAACUGACCAAUCAGGUGGUUGGUAUCAAAAUCAGGAAAGUGGACGAGCAACCGGGCGAGAGUGCAACGGAAACGCUCCCAGCCGAAGUGGAAAAGAACACUCAGUUGAACAAUAACAACAACGCCACCACAACUAAAUCCGCAACGGUUUUAACAAGUUUACCAGAUGGCGUGAAGAAAGACUCCAGUUUAUCUAGUGCAAUGGAAAUCUGUACAAGAACUGAAAGCGCGCUGCGACCGCCAGCGAUAAAAAACACUCAGGGAAGAGCUGAUGAGAUCUCAGCGAGUAUAACACCGGUUCCUAAUAGCUUAAAGAAUGUCAUCGUCAGUGGUGUGGGUACCAAGGAACAAUUGGAGGUUCGUUCUAGGCGUGGGUUAUCCUCAUCCAUGCAGAGGAGGCAGAGACCAUUCUCUGUCGGACAUCUUGAGGAAGUUACGUUGUCGAGAGACGGUAAACAUGAACUUGGUACUCAGGCUAGAAUGCACAGUAAUCCUUCUUCUCCAGUGAUUCCAAGAACUCAGUCAAUAAGGCAGUUUAACUUGAGGCUUCAUCGAACACCUGAGUCAUCCCCAAGGAAACCAGCCAAUUUUGAAGAUCCGUGGUUAGUGCGGAAAACCGACCCCCAUAGAACUAGUCCAGCCCCAUCGCACACAAACCCCCGCCAAGAAAUCCAAGUGUCUGAGUUGAGUGCAAUGUCUAUGGAGUUGGGUGCUCAAAGGACUCAACCAUUAAGCCCAGAUAGGGGUGUAGCAAGGACGUUUACCAAGGAUCGAUCUAACCCAAAGGGUUUAGAACUCACCACAGGGAUUAAUAACAACCUGAAUGUUUGCAUCCAACCGGGGUCGCCUAGGUUAGAUGGGGUGGCCAUGAGGGGCCAUGUACUUCAUUCAGUACCUUCUCCCACACCGGGAAGUCGUGCCCACAGUCGUCUGUCCACAACAGCUACGGGAUCCAAAUACAGUCAUUCCUCACAGCAGCUGCGAUCCGCACAUGAUCAUGUCUCGUUUUCGGCGGAUCGAUCGCACGGAGUGAGCCCUCGUGUGUCAAGGCGAGAGGAGAUGCUACAAGUUGAGACUGGGAGGGGGCAGGUAGGGGGAAGAAGUUUGGCCGAGAUGGGAUCACCAUGGAUACGAAAAAGAAUGGAAGAGAGAGAUCAGAGGAGGCAAAUGAGCAAGAGUUCGAGCAUCCCACCAAGUAGUCUUUCACCACGUACCACACCCCGAUCGUUCACCCAGGCCAGCGCUAACUGGUACUCGGUACCACCGGCGCUCGGCCCCGUCAUACAGGACUUUGCAUCGUCGCAGUUGGCCUCCAUAGCACAGCACAAGAAGCAGUCAAAAGAGAUCCAAGCCAAGGCAACCACUGUGCAGCCUACAAGCAAGACGAGGGACACUUUUUGAUGUGAUGGGUGACUUCUGACGCUCCUAUAAGAACGAGAACGAGGCUUGUAUCAAAAAGGUCAGGUACCUGUGGUAUGGAAGCCAAACAUAGUAACUUUUAAUAUCAGGUCUUCUGGAUACUAGACAGUCCUGGUACCAGAGAAAAGAAAGAUGCUUGAAGGGGAAACAUAUAAAGAGGGAAAGAAAUAGCUGCUUUUUCUCAAUCGAAAGCUAUUGAGAUGGUUCAAGUUUUAUAAAACAGUUGGGUGCCUGUGAUAUCUUUAGGAUACUUUCUGCACCUUGCUUGUUUGGUACGAGUUCGGUACCCAUACUUGGAUAAGACAGGCUUGGAUGGAUGGUUAAAAUGGCUGCUUGUCAUGUGUGGUGACUAGGUGAGAUCUAGAAUGAGGCUUGAGUCGGCUUAGUCUUGUGCUUGUGCUGUGUUUACUACAUUAUCUGUAACUUACUUCAGAACACUUGACUUGAUUACGGAAUGAUGCCUCAGAGAGAUGUAAUGACAUCUUUCUACACACAAUUAAUUUUGAACCAGAUCGAGGCUCAUGCCUACUUUAGUCAGAUGCCUGUGGUAUGGAGACCUUCUCCCUGUUUCUUAUCCUAUUCGUACUCUUGGGGACUAGUCCAAAAUGUCACAGAUCAAAAAAUGGACUCAUGGUUGGAGAGGUCUUCACACAGAUUUUCUCAUUUUCAUAGAAGCAAUUUUCAUAGUGCCAAAGAAUGUUAGCUCAGAAGUUUCUAGGAGGUGUCUAAAUUUAGUAAGCAAUGUUGCUUCCGUUGUUUUUGGCGUAUCCUGUUGGUUUGGGUGACAUUGGUUCCACCUUUCACCACACCAACUGGCACCACCCUUUACCUGGGCCCCACUCCAUAAAGCCUGUAAGCACAAAACGUGCUAAGCACAGAAAAGGGUUUCCAGCCAAAAUUACAUUAAGUUUACAUUGUGCCCGGUGCCCCACUCAAUUUUUGCUUAGCAAAGAAAUUAUUAAGCAAAGAAAUUGUGCCCUGAACCUCAGAUUACAUUGAUUGGAGUUUUUGUAGAGGAUUUUCACAAAGAAAAACAGAGCUCAGGAAUUUUACAUGUUUUAAUUGCAAAAACUCAAGAUCUGAAAAUGUUCUGCUGUGGAACAAAGGAACUUUAUCAACACACAAAAUAAUGUAUUUUGGACUCCGAAGAGGCCAUUCGCCUAAGCAUGUUGAAGUGAACCAACUGAAUAGGAUCUGUUCAAAGGCUUUUAAGUUUUGUCCACCAUUUUGAAUUUAUAUGUGUGGGAAAUCACAUUGCAGAUAGCCAUAGCCAAGAACGGAGUGGAAUCCAUUUAAAAGCCCAUAGGUACAUAGUGCAUUCUGAUCUAGUCAAAGCUGUUGUUGUGGAUACUUACUAAACAUACAGUGAUUUGUCACAUGUAGGUGUCUCCCACAGAAAGUGGGAGAAAUUCAUUCUAUUGAAGUGCUGCAUAGUUUUAUGCUGUUUUACUAGUAAAAAAAAUUCUUUUAGGAUUUGAAACUGAUAGUUUCUUAGGGCGAUAAUUAUUUUUGUCAGACACUAGCCGAAACGAGGGGGAAGUUUUGUGGUUUUAUAUUGGCGGGUGUUUAUGGUCGUAGACCCAAUGGGAGACUUUCAGGACUGGUAGAGGGCAGCAGACUUGCCUGACUUGUUGAAAAAUAUGCGCUACAAUCUUUAAGUAUGUUACUACGGAAAGUUAAGCCAGUACAAGAGAGCUUCCACUUUGCUUCGUUAAGACUUCACCAAAAACAGCUUAAUUUGGCCCAAAAUAUACCAAAGACUUUUGGUGUUGUCAGUUUGUUCUAUUUAUGGUUUGGGAUAAAAGCUGGCAAGUUGGCGGUAACCUGUCAUUCAAAGGUCAAUCAAAAGUGACAACUAGUGCCAUUAUUGUUUAACAGGGUCACUGCCUCUUCUUCAUUUUCUUCAAAUUUGUUAAAACUUCAGAAGACCAAAAUUAUUUAUUGCCCCCCCCUUUUGUAUCACCCCCUUUUGGUGCUGGUUCAACAAUCAAAAUUGUACAUAAAUCAUUUGAGCAUGGUUAUAAAUUAUUCAAGAGAAAUAAAAAAGUGGCCAGUGGCCAAAAGAUCUCCUUCCAAAGGGAGUUGGGAGAUGGAAUUUCAUUUUCCAAUUUUGUCCAUGAUUAAAUAUUUUAUUUUUUGGAUGCAUCUCUGUGAGGGAGCUGGAGGUUGGUUAUAAUUUGCCCUCAUUUGGAAAAGUCGAAAGUUACGAACGAACAAACAAACAAGUUCAAACUAUAAAAUUUGUUUCUCCCCUUCGUGGUGGAAGCAGCUUUCUUUAUUAUUUAAAUUCAGAAUUGCCAGAAUAUAUUCAAAAUGAAAAGGGGACAAGGAAUGUCACAUCAGGUAAAUUAAGUUGUUUCCCGAAAUAAGCAAACAAAAGCAGCUUAGCACAACAAAAUUUAUGCUUACCAAAACAUGGUAACCAGCCAAAAUGCCAUGUCACAUGUACAAUUUGUGACUUGUCCCCUGCCUAUUUUUGAUAAGCAGGAAAUCAUUAAGCAAUAUUUUCAGCUUAAGCAGCUCUAUAAAAAUUAGUCACUGAUUUAAAUCUCACGGUCCCCCAUUGUAAAUUAAGAACACCCCCCCUCCCUAAAUUUGUCUUGAAUGUACAUUUGAAAUAAAACCACUGACUUGUCUUGCAUUUGUUUCAUAAGAGUCUAGUUGGUCUAAGUUUGUAAUUGUACUGUUUUUAUACAAAUACGAAAGAAAAGAAAAACUGGUGUUGCAUUGUGGCAGCAUGAUCAAAUACAUUCCAAGAUUUUUUGACAGAAGUAAAAAUGUUUAGUGUUUUCUAUGAUGAUUGUAAAUAGUAUUAAAAAAAAAAGAGUUUUUAAUAUUUAGUGGAGUCAGAAGCGUUGUACCUAGUAGUAUUACGAUAUACAACUUUGACUGUGGUUUACCUAAGUGGUUGUGUUGUCUAUGCGCAGGUUGUCCAAAUGCAACGGUCAAAGGUCAAAAUGCUAUUCUUUAAUACUACAGCAUUGUGAUUAUUGGCAGCGCUUUUUAUAUGUUAUUUGUCAGGGUGCUUGAAAAACAUCAAUCUGCCCAAAUUAUUUUUCAAGAGUCUUGUCACGUGGUGCAACUUUUGCAGGCUUUUGAGGCAACCAACCGCAAUGCAUGCUGUAGGACCACUUUGGUAGUACAUGAGAAACUUUUUAACAUUUUCUUUACGAAUGACUGUGCAGUAGAAACUUUUGGGGUAGAGUAUUAAGUUAGCCAUAGUUCGUAAGCCAAAGCUGCACUUCAGACUGCCAAGAGACUGUUCAUAUGUAUUGAGUGGCAUUGGCUUCGGCUGUGGCUACUGGCUGUUACUGUGUUGGGAUGUUGAAGUGUUAGUUAGAUGCGCUCAUCUGGCCUAGGCCAAUGUUGUAGUUUCACACACGGCCCAAAUUGCCAUUUGGAGACUGUUGAUAGGGGGCAGCAGACAAUAAAAUCAACUGUGCGCACACUCGGGCCAAAUUUCAUAAAGCUGUUUGGCAGAAAAUACCGUUUAGCAAAUUUCUUGGCUGAGCACAAGUUGAGUGGGGCACCAGUGGCAACAGUGUAAACAUUACAGAAUAUUGGCUGGUAACCUGUUUCUGUUAAGCAAGAGAUUGUUAUGCUUUUGGGCCCUGAACUUUAUAACCUUUGAGAAACCUAUCACGCCUGUUGCCACCUAUCAUCACCCAAUUGGAGUAUGUAGCUUGUGCACACAGUGCUCUUUAAAGGCAGUGGACACUAUUGGUAAUUACUCAAAAUAAUUGUUAGCAUAAAAACUUAAUUGGUAAAGAG